CCAAACAAACACAGCACAGCCCCGACAAGUGUAGUCAGAACAUGUAGGCUACUUUCCCGUUGUUUGUGUUAAGCCACAGCUUUGGAUACACCGAAAAGUGCAGGUUUAGAGGAGACCUCAAAUAUGCCCUCUGCAGAAGUCAACUCUCCACUCCAGCUGAUGAGGAGCGUCAAAGAAGAGACAGAGGAGUUCAGCUCAACUGAUUCUCCAUCCCAGCUCAACAUAAAAGAAGAGAGAGAAGAGUUCCCUGGUUCUACAGAACAGCUGAAAAUGAAGGAAGAGACAGAACACUUCCCUGGUUUUGGAUCCCAGCUGAACAUAAAAGAAGAGAAAGGAGAGUUCCCUGGUUCUCCAGAACAGCUGAACAUAAAAGGAGAAGAGAGAGAAGAGUUCCCUGGAUCUCCAUCCCAGCUGAACAUAAAAGGAGAAGAGAGAGAAGAGUUCCCUGGAUCUCCAUCCCAGCUGAACAUAAAAGGAGAAGAGAGAGGAGAGUUCCCCGGUUCUCCAGAACAGCUGAACGUAAAUAAAGAGACAGAGCAGUUCCCUGGCUCUCCCCCUCAGCUGAGGAGCGUAAAAGAGGACAGUGAGGAGAUCCUGCGUUCUCUGUACAGUCUGAGGAGCGUAUCUGUAGUGCUGGUGGACUGCUGUAGACCACAAGGACGGCAGGAGAACAAUCAGCUGAGGAGCUUAUAUGAGGACAGCGAGGAGAAUAGAUCUGGGCAUCAGCUCCACAGCGGUUCCAGUGUAGAGGAGUUUCGUGGAAAAACACAUUCUGCUGCCCUGACUACAGAGAGGCCGUACGUCUGCAGUCAGUGUGACAAGAGCUUCAAGAGAAAAGAUGAGCUCCAAAUCCACCAGCGUGUUCACACAGGGGAGAAACCAUUUUCAUGCACUGACUGUGGAAAGAGUUUCUCAAAGCAUUCUAACCUCCACAGACAUCGUUACGUGCACACUGGAGAGAAGCCAUAUGCUUGCAGUCAGUGUGACAAGAGCUAUAAGACAAAAUAUGAGCUCCAAAACCACCAACAUGUUCACACAGUGGAGAAACCAUUUUCAUGCAAAGAUUGUGGAAAGAGUUUCUCACAGUCUUCUAGUCUUCACAUACAUCGCCGCAUUCACACUGGAGAAAAGCCGUAUGCUUGCAGUCAGUGUGGCAAGAGCUUUAAAACAAACCAGGAGCUGCAAAGGCACCAGGUUGUUCACACAGGGGAGAAAUCAUUUUCAUGCAUCGACUGUGGAAAGAGUUUCUCACAAUCUUCUAGUCUCUACACACAUCGUCACAUUCACACUGGAGAGAGGCCGUUCCCUUGCAGUCAGUGUGGCAAGAGCUUUAAGACAAAACAAAAACUCCAAAUCCACCUGCACAUUCACACAGGGGAGAAACCAUUUUCAUGCACAGACUGUGGAAAGAGUUUCUCAAAGCAUUCUAACCUCCACAGACAUCGUCACGUGCACACUGGAGAGAAGCCAUAUGCUUGCAGUCAGUGUGACAAGAGCUUUAAGACAAAACAAAAACUCCAAAUCCACCUUCACAUUCACACAGGGGAGAAACCAUUUUCAUGCACAGACUGUGGAAAGAGUUUCUCACAGUCUUCUAACCUCCACACACAUCGCCGCAUUCACACUGGAGAAAAGCCGUAUGCUUGCAGUCAGUGUGGCAAGAGCUUUAAGACAAACCAGAUGCUCCAAAGGCACCAGGUUGUUCACACAGGGGAGAAAUAAUUGUCAUGCAACUGUGACUGUGGAAAGAGUUUUUCACUUUCCACUGGCCUCCACAGACAUCGUCGCAUUCACACUGGAGAGAAGCCGCACGCUUGCAGUCAGUGUGCCAAGAGUUUUAAGACAAACAGAGCUCGAAGUCCGCCAGCGUGUUCACA